AUAUUCCCACUUCCGACUCUCCACCAACCCCUUCCGUCUCUCGCUCUCGUUGCCGGUUCUCAUGGGUUCCGUUUCAAAGCUUUGCAAUCCAAAUCCGGCGGCUUCUAUAUCAUCCAGGCCUAGGCCUAGCCCCAGAUCUUCUCAGUCUCAACCCAAGUGUUUGAUCGGUUUCCCAACUCCCACUACCUUCAAUACCAAGCUCUCUUCUUCCUCAUCCUCCCUGCGAAGCCAUCUGCCUCAGUUCUCAAGGGGCUCUUUGGUAAUCAGGUGCUCGCAAACUGAUGGAAAUGGAAGUCCUGCUAAGAGGACCGUGCUUCACGAUCUCUAUGAGAAAGAAGGUCAGAGUCCAUGGUAUGAUAACCUGUGUCGACCUGUCACUGAUCUCCUCCCUCUUAUAGCAAGUGGUGUAAGAGGCGUAACUAGCAACCCAGCGAUUUUUCAGAAAGCAAUCUCAUCUUCGAAUGCUUACAAUGACCAAUUCAGGGAACUUGCGCAACAAGGGAAAGACAUAGAGAGUGCUUAUUGGGAACUUGUUGUGAAGGACAUUCAAGACGCAUGCAAAUUGUUUGAGCCAAUUUAUGAUCAAACUGAUGGGGGUGAUGGCUAUGUUUCUGUUGAAGUAUCUCCUAGGCUUGCUGAUGAUACUGAGGGGACUGUAGAGGCAGCAAAAUGGCUUCAUAAAGUGGUUGCCCGUCCUAAUGUAUACAUAAAGAUCCCAGCCACAGCUGCAUGUGUUCCUUCAAUCAAGGAUGUUAUUGCAAGUGGAAUAAGUGUGAAUGUGACUCUCAUAUUCUCUCUCGCAAGAUAUGAAGCGGUAAUUGAUGCUUACUUGGAUGGUCUUGAGGCUUCUGGGCUAAGUGAUCUCUCCAAAGUCACAAGUGUUGCCUCUUUCUUUGUCAGCCGAGUAGACACUCUCAUUGAUAAGAUGCUAGAGAAGAUUGGCACCCCUGAGUCCCUUGAUCUGCGUGGAAAGGCGGCAGUAGCUCAAGCAGCCCUAGCGUACCAACUCUACCAGAAGAAAUUCUCUGGUCCAAGGUGGGAGGCCCUUGUUAAAAAGGGUGCUAAGAAGCAGAGGCUUCUCUGGGCCUCAACCAGCGUCAAGAAUCCUGCCUACCCUGAUACUUUAUACGUGGCUCCUCUUAUUGGACCUGACACUGUAUCAACCAUGCCAGACCAAGCACUCCAAGCAUUUAUAGACCAUGGCACUGUAUCCAGGACAAUUGAUUCUAACGCAUCUGAGGCUGAAGGGAUAUACAAUGCUCUGGAGAAAUUGGGAAUUGACUGGAGCUUUGUUGGCUCCCAACUUGAAGUCGAAGGAGUGGAAGCUUUUAAGAAGAGCUUCGACAGCCUACUUGAUACCCUGCAAGAGAAAGCGAACUCUCUCAAACUGGUCAGCCUGUAAGGUAAGCCUUGUGGUUUGCAUUUAUGAUGUCCCUUAAGGGUUAAUAAAGGUAGUGGCUUGUCUCUGUCAGUUCUGCUGCAAAUGCGCUUUGCGAGUGCUUUCUAGAUUUCGAUGGAAAUAAUAUGAAAUUGGAUGUUGGAUAUUAUCAUUAGUCAAAUUAUGGAUCGUGUUGCUCUAUGCUGACAAUUUUAAAUGAAGUCUUUUGUUUUCAUACCCCCA